UAGUGACCAAUAUGGCGUCUUUCAGCGGAAGGUCGGUGUUAUUCGUGUGCUUGGGGAAUAUCUGCAGAUCUCCAAUCGCGGAGGCUGUUUUCAGAAAGAUGGCCACAGACAGCGGAGUGGUGGAUAAGUGGGUUAUAGACUCUGGUGCCACCUCUGAUUGGAAUACUGGCAGCACUCCUGAUGCCCGUGGUCUGGCCUGCCUCAGGAAACAUGGCAUAGAGACAGAUCACAGGGCAAGACAGGUCACCAAAGAUGACUUCAUGAGUUUUGAUUACAUCCUCUGCAUGGAUGAAAGCAAUUUAAGAGAUCUGAACAAGAAGGCAAGCAGCGUGAAAAACAGCAAAGCCAAGAUUGAGCUGCUCGGCUCCUACGAUCCUGAAAAACAGCUUAUUAUCCAAGACCCGUACUAUGGCAGUGAUAAAGACUUUGAGACGGUGUAUGAACAGUGUGCAAGAUGCUGCAAAGCCUUCCUGGAACAACAUUCGUAAUGCAUGCACAUACACACACACACACACACACACACACACACACACACACAACAGCAUCUGAAAUCUAUGAGACUUCUUCAUUAAUUACUCAAAUAUAUAUACUUAAAUGCUAUCCUUUGGUUUAUUUGUCUUGUUUUUAGUCCAAAUAACUAAAAAAUCUUAAACCUAGAGGUAUUUUCUAGACAAGCGAAACAUAAUGUCUUGUUUUUAGAGAUAAUAUGGUAAAAUUGAGUGAGUUUUUCCUUAAAACAAGCUAAAUUUUCCGAAAAUGGGGAAGUAAAAUAGUCUUGAUUUUCCUUCUGACAUAAGAUUAUUUUGCUGACCUCAUUGGCUGAUUAUUUUGCUUGUUUUAUGUAAAAACUCACUCAAUUUUGGCAUAUUAUUUCUGAAAACAAGACAACAUGUUUUCCUUGUCUAGAAAAUGUGUCUUGAUUUAAGAAUUUGUAGAUAUUUGGACUAGAAACAAGAGAAAACAAAGCUUUUUUUGCCGUGUACAACCAACUGAAACAUGAAUCAAGUGACUUCUAUCAAGCAAAACACACACACAUCAAUCGACAGCAGCAUAUAGAGAAGCACUUUGUCUUAAUUGUAAAAUAAGUUGUAAUGAAAUGUCAAAGGAUGCUUGUUUGAGCAGCUGUAAACUGCUUUUGUUGACCAUUGCCUCUGAAGAGAGGAAAUUCACCAAAAUAAACCAGAUAAAAAUGCUGGAAUUA